AUGGCGGCCCCAAUCGGAGUGGAGGACUUGGCGGAAGACCUGAGCUGUUCCAUCUGCUUGGAGCUCUUCUCCGACCCCGUCAUCCUGGAAUGUGGGCACAAUUUCUGCCAGGUCUGUAUCACACGCUAUUGGGAGGAGAUACCUGCCAACGGUGGGGAAGACAUGCCGCUUCCCACCUGUCCGGAGUGCCGCUGCGAGAUACCGGGGGGCAAGUUCACGGCCAACCGGGUGCUGGGGCAGCUGGCGCAGAAGGCGAUGGAGUCCCUCUCGGCCCACGCCAGCGACGAAGAUGCCGAACUCGAAAAUGGCGAGGAUGUGCAAGGGGACCUAAUCUUCUGCACGGAGGACGGCUGCCUGGCAAGGGUCUUGCAACCAGAACACUGGGGGCACCAGUGCCUUCCUCUGGGUGAGGCUGUCGAACACUAUAAGGUGAUCUUGACGGCGUCUCAAGCACCGCUGGAAUCCAAAGCCCAGGCAGCAAAAUCCUUGCAAGACUUGAGUGCCCAGAAGGUCCCCGAAAUCACAGCCCAGCGGCUCCGACUGGAGCAGCACCUCUCGUCCCAGUUCCUUGAGCUCCACCAGUGGCUCCAGGAGAAGGAGGCAGCCAUGAGGAGGGAGAUUCGGCGGGAGGAGGAGCUACUCCUCAGCGAGCUGGAAACCAACCAGCGCAAUGGGCAAGAGCAAGUCCGUGUGGCAGAGGGGCACAUGGCUAAGAUCCAAGCUCAGCUGGAGGAGCAGCAAGAUCCUGAGAUGUUCCUGAAGAACAUCAAGGCUUUCGUGGAGAAAUAUUGCCCCAGCGAAGAGAGAGGGUCCAUCACGCCAGUGGUCUUCCGGGAUUUCAGCCUGGGCCAAUUUAAAGGCCCCAUUCAGUACAUGGUGUGGAGAGAGAUGCUUCCAGCUUUGAGACCUGCUCCGUGCCGUAUAACGUUGGAUCCUGCCACCAACCAUCCCAACCUUGUGCUCUCCAAGGACCUCGACAGUGUACAUCUGGUUGACAACCCCGAGGAGGAGGUUCCUGAUGGACCUGAGAGGUUCAGCAAGUCAGUAUGUGUCCUGGGCACCCAGGGUUUCACGUCGGGACGUCAUUACUGGGAAGUAGAGGUGGGCGAAAAAACCAGCUGGGACGUUGGCGUAGCCAAGGAAUCGGUCAACAGGAAGGAAGCCAAAGUGACCGUCAAGCCCAGCAAUGGAUUCUGGGCCAUCUGGCUGCGGAACGGCAGUGAAUACAAGGCUCUUGACUCUCCCUCUAAGCAGCUGGCCCUCAAGGCCAAACCUCGGAAGGUGGGGAUCUACCUGGAUUACGAAGGGGGACAGGUCUCCUUCUACGACGCUGACACCAUGGCCCACAUCUUCACCUUUUCUGACGCCUUCUCCGAGUGCCUCUACCCCAUGUUCAGCCCUGGGUUCAAUAAGGAUGGACUGAACGCUGAACCCCUCCGCCUGCUGUCCCCAGUGUUAUAGC